CACCAGGGCCGGGGGCUCAGUUGCGGAGCCGAGAGCACCAGGGCCGGGGGCUCAGUUGCGGAGCCGAGAGCACCAGGGCCGGGGGCUCAGUUGCGGAGCCGAGAGCACCAGGGCCGGGGGCUCAGUGUGCGGGGCCGAGGCUCGGGAUAAACGGGCUGAACCAAGCGGCGAGUUCCCAAGGUAGGAGCCAAAACUCGGGCAAGAGAGGCUGUGGUUACGGUCCGCCCGUGAGGAGUCUGUUGACCGAGGGCUGAUUCUGACCCUCAACCAAAAUGUCCAUCUUCACUCCCACCAACCAAAUCCGGUUGACCAACGUAGCGAUUGUCCGCAUGAAGAGAGCGGGGAAACGCUUUGAAAUCGCCUGCUACAAGAACAAAGUAGUGAGCUGGAGGAAUGGAGCGGAAAAGGAUCUCGAUGAAGUUCUUCAGACACACACAGUGUUUACAAAUGUGUCCAAAGGACAAGUGGCAAAAAAAGAGGAUUGUGUUGCAGCAUUUCAGACAGAUAAUAUGACGGACAUAUGUAAACAGAUUUUGGCAAAGGGUGAAUUGCAGGUAUCUGACAAGGAGCGGCACGCGCAGCUUGAACAGAUGUUUCGAGACAUAGCAACCAUAGUAACAGAGAAAUGUGUCAACCCCGAAACGAAGAGACCUUACACCGUGAACCUAAUAGAGCGUGCCAUGAAGGACAUUCACUACUCUGUGAAGGCCAACAAGAGUACCAAGCAGCAGGCAUUGGAAGUUAUCAGACUGCUCAAGGAUAGUAUGCAGAUUGAACGUGCUCACAUGAGACUCCGACUCAGGAUUCCAAUAAAGGAUGGAAAGCGGCUUAAGGAAAAACUGAAGCCACUGAUUAAAAUGAUGGAAAGCGAAGAAUUUGCUGAAGAUUUAGAUGUUGUAUGUUUGAUUGAUCCUGGUUGCUUCAGAGAAAUUGAUGAACUAAUCCGACAGGAAACAAAGGGAAAGGCUUCCCUGGAAGUUCUCAGCUUAAAGGAGGUGGAAGAAGGUGAUGAAAAACUUGAAUAAGUUGUUCAUGGAAGCUUUGGUCCAGUUGCAAAACCACGUAUUCUUAAAGCACACUGGUACCAAUAAAUAAUCCAUUUAAAGUGCACUGAAACUGUGUUUGCUUCAGUGGGACCGGAAAACGAAUAAAUAAUAUACAAUUUUUAAUCCUUAAUCCACUUGAUAUUCUAUUCUAUUCUUACAUUAUUUUCUCUUGUAUUUAAUUAAAAUGUGUAUAAAGAUACUAAAACAUU